UUUGACAGCAGAAGUGGUAAAAGUGUCGUAAAGUGCCAGACAGAAAAGAAGAAAAAUAGGGAGCCAAAUUUUCCUGCUUCAUCGUUGAAACGGGCUGUUUUUCUCGGCAAACUAACUGUUUCCCCAGGCUGGGAAGUGUUUUGUGUUUAGUGUUCACGAUUGUGAGGUCGUAUUCUAUGUUGAGGUGUGUUUUAAAAUGAGCAAAUCGUAGAAAAAAAUCUCAGCCUUGGGAGGUAGGUUGAAAAAAAAAAAAAGAAGAUGGAUUCGCUGAGGAACGCCCAUUCUAGGGCAGCAUAAACUAGCCUUAAUCGAUACCGACGACUGUACGGAAGUUGGCCUACUUUCUGGAAGCGCUGACACGACGGUGGCAGGGAGCGGCGAUCACCUGCCUGGAUUGGCGACGGGAUGAGAUUCAACAAACAGGAACUGAUUACUUUGGCCACACAACCGAGCAACAAGUUCGACAAGGAGGGACCGCUUUACGUGACGGAAAAGCAGGAAGGAUUCUUCCGGAAAACUGAAGGCGAAGAGGGCAUUAAUAGCAACCAAAUCGGCGCCAGUAAGAAUCAUCCGAAGCGCAAUAAAUCGCUCAGUUGCAUUGGUGGUACCACGAAAGUAAGCCUCGAAAAGUGGUGCCGGCUUCGGGGCAAUUUGCUGUUCUACUUCAAAUCGAACGAUCCGUUCUCCGAGCCGCAGGGAUGCAUCGUGCUGGAAAAGUACAGCUGCGUUAAGCACGGCGAUCAGAAGGAAUACGACGGAUACGUGUUCUAUCUGGAAUUUGAGGACGGAUUACGGCAGCGCUUUGCCGCCAACACCGACCUAGAGCGGUUGGAAUGGAUUCAGGCCAUCGGGCUGGCCGGUUACGACGUCAAACGGGCCCAGCUGAAGUUUCUGCGCGAGCAGAUUGACAAAAAGCGUGGUCUAGUGCAUGACGUGGACGUUGACAUGCUGCGGCUCCAAACCGGCAAAGAGAUAGAUCUUGCCGAAAUCCCGAUCUGCGAGUCUGCCAUCUCCUGUGACAACUUGCUGUGCGAUGGAAACGGUAAGCCACCGAACCCGUCUGUGGUAGUCCAGGUGACAUCGAGCAGCCGUGCGGCCAGUGGCUGGGUGAAGUACGGCCGAACAGAAGUGAUCGAGCGCAGCUCGAAUCCCGUGUUUAUCUGCACUAUAACUUUUCGCGCUGGCGAUGGAUUGAACGCAAAAUCCUUGAUCCGCUUCACGGCAUACGACGUGCGGGAAAAGGUCACACAGACGGCCGUUCCUAUCGGAUGGGCCGAGGUAGCUUUGGGAGUAAUUACCGAUACGUCACGGUUGAGAAUUCCGCUGCGCACACAGAGUCCGUGUGGUGGGAAUGCCGGCUUUAUCACCAUUGCAAGUUGCGCACCGGACCUGGAGAAGCGAACGCCUCGUUCACCGGCCAAAGUACACGAACAGCACCAGCAGCAGCAUGCGAUCGGACAUCGGCGCUCGCAGUCGCUGCCACCCAAGCUGGGCGUGAAGCUGUUCAUUCCGCCGGCCUCCAAGGUGUCGCUGAUGUUCACCAAUCCUAGUAUCCAUACCUACCGGCUUCACUCCGGUCUUGGUGGGGACAUCAGCGUGCAGGAGAUAAUGCUCGAAAGUCAGUUGUGCUACAUUAUCCCUCAGCAGUUACUGUCAAUUUGGAUCUCCCGCGAGAAGGAAUUGCUGCAGGAGAUCUCUGGCAUGGGUGAACUGGGUGGCGACUGGCGGCACCGCCAGAUGGAGCUGCUCGAUAAGCACCUGAAGCUGCUGAAGGAUUACUCUCAGGCGAAGCAAUUUCUUGCCCAGCAGCAGCAGCAGGGCAAGUACUUCAAGGCGAGUUGCAAGAAAAAGGACGAAACGUUGGAGUUUGCUCCGGUGAAUCUGCAUUUGCAGCGCAUGUGGGCUCACAACGACACCCUCAAGCGAGCCGGUGUGCUGGACGUUACGACGGUGGGUGCGUUCACGCGUCACGCUGGAAAGUCCAAAACCGGGGGGCUGCUGAAGCUGCUGCAGCAGAUUAACGACGCGGCUGCCAAGGAUAAUGGGCAGAGUAGCCAACGGGUAGCCGCGGCUAACGAUGCCGUGCAGGCCAUCAAGCAGCUGCGAAAGGAGAUUGUGGAGAUCAUGUCCCAGCUUCUGUAUCUAGCGAAAUCAAAAAAUCCCAAAGGGAUGCUUCCACUGUGCAACGGAAUGAUGACCAAAACGCGAGCUUUACUCAACAUUUGGGAGCCGACGCUGGUGGAGGAAGCGUUUAGCUUCAUCGAGCGGCACCGGAUAAUCGACGAACAGCAAACGCAGCAAACGGUUGGAGGAGAGGGUGCGAUCGGUUCCGUUUCGAUGUCACCCUUCCGGAAAAUAACCCAACAGUUGGGUGCGCUCGAUUUGAAAAGCCCCGAACUGGAGGACUUCUCCACGCCGAUGGGACCCGCUCCGGAUCUGUGGCCCCAGGUGAGAACCAGCAAAUCUGGUGUACUGGGAGCGUUUGGAAACAGCACAAAAACUAAAUCGCCUUCUUCGGUUGACAUCAGUGCCAUUGCCACCAUCCAGAGCACCUUCAAUCAGAUGAGCAAAAGUAAAUCAAAAGAGUAUUUGAUGUCCUGUUCGCUGCCAGCUGCUUGCUACUUGCCAACGGAACAACCUGGCGCGAGAAAGGCCACUCCGACUGAUCAGAGUGCUUCGGAUGAUCUGAAAUUUAGCGAAACUCAUUUCGAUGUUAAUGGCGAAGUGACAACGUCCGCCCCGGAAUGCUCGGUCAAGUCUCCCGAGGCGGAGGCGGAAAAAGGUGAGGAAGCUUUACAGGCGUUGUCCCGGUUGGCACUUUCCGCGAAUCAAUUGUUGGAGAAUAAAAACAAGUUGCUCUCGAAUCUGUACGAUGAAAAUGGGUAUCUGAUCGAGAACACUGCCAUCGUUCUAGGCCAUAAUGGAGCUUUCCUCGAUACCAAGGUGAUGAGCUUGAGUCCGUCGGCUAAUUAUUACCGUCCGACGGAGGAACCGGAACCGCUAGAUCUGACCCAGCUGAACAUUGAGGCCAGUGUUAUGUGUUUGGUCAGUAAGGUUAAGUUUCUUUGUGGGCGCUGUGGAAGUCCGGCAGUACGGUUGAGACAGCCGAAGUCUUCACGCGUGGUACCGUUCGGGACGAUCCCGCCGGAUGUUGUGACUAGCCAGCCACUUUCGUUGCCAUGCGCUGGUGAAGGUUUGGAAGCUCAAGAUUGCGGCUCGUCGUCGUCCGCUUCGCUGGGAAAUGUUCUCCCGAAGGAUCUUCUACCGGGAACGUCUGGGAAGCCACCUCUCUGCAGCAAAGAUCUGAACCUGGCGCUGACGCAGGCCGUUGGUGAGGUCACUCGAAAGGUUAAGAAGGGUAACAAGUUUACGGACGGAUUGGAUCUAUCGUUAACCACCGAUUGGGCUUCCGAGCUGCGGCCAUCGAUGAAAAAAUUGCGCCAGGCUAUGGAUGGGUUGCUGAAAACGGCACGGCUUAUGCAUUCCGUGCAACGGCUGCAGCAGGAUAUGAAAAAGAACUCCACCGUACUGGCCGUUAUGUAUCGGAGAGAUGUUUGCUUCUCGCAAGCUCUGACGGCGCUUGUUUCGGCGCUGAUGGCCAAACUGUGGGGACAGAAUGUGACUGAGAAUUAUAUCAGCUUACUUUGCAGCUUGGGUCCUUUAGCAUGCUUUGAAGGGCUUCUAUCGCUGUACGGAGGGGAAACGGAUAUGUGGGGCGAUAUGAGCGUCGCCGUUGGCGACUUGGCAACGGUGAGUUUCACUCUGGUUCGUAGUAAUAUUCAGCGAGAUUCCAAGGCCUCCCCGUUGCCAAGGGUGGUUGGAUCGAGACAAGCGCUGUCCGUUCUACUGCCCGUGCCGGAGUCCGUUUUCUGUCAUUUGCCCACGAAGGAGAGUGUCAGUUUUAAGGUCACUCCGGUUUUCUUCAACAUUGGCAUUAACGAAAAGGCAACUUUGGCGGAAACGUUGGGCUACACGAAGGAACAGCACCGGUCCAACUGGGACAACUAUGACCGACUGAAGCAGUACCACAUCCGGUACAAGAAAAUACCCUUCAACUUCAUCAAUCCUUCCUGUUCGGCUGCACUGGAUACUCCGACCAAAACGGGUCUUAUUACGACACCUCAGAAGGAGGUUCUUGUUCCCGAGCGGUCGGUAGUAAGUCUGCUGAACGAAAUGGAAGAUCAGCUAAGGGUGAAUUGUUCGAAAAAUUACCGUAUUCUUACACUGGCCGAGGAUAUUACUCGCUCGGUGCAGGGUCUGCGAUUUACCUCGUGUAAGAGUGCGAAGGAUCGGACGUCGAUGGCCGUUACGAUGGAGCAGUGUCGGGUGUUGCAGCAGGAGUUCCAUCUAUCCGCCGGAAAUGUGCAGAAUGUGCUGGAUACGAUGCGGAGUGAGGGCACCCGUUCGGAUAAUACGAUGAAAAAUAUUGGCCUUCGGAAGUAUGCCUUCAAUCUGCCCCAGGUUCUGUCACUACCGCAGGCAUAUCGUCCUCCGGCUGGUGCCUACGGAAAGGCCCAGUCCUAAGAGUGAAACCCCUCGUUUUUCACUGUGUCAAUUCCCAGCUGAUUUUUCAACCCAGUAGCCACAAGGGACAGGCCUGUUUUGUACGUAUAUUUGUUCAUAACAUUACCUUUACCGAGAGGAAGAAAAGGAUAUAAUCUAUGUGUUUACUAACACCGUUUUUAUUAGGUCACUAACAGAAGCAAAAUUGGCAGUUGUAAACUUAAGUACUAAUCGUUGUUGAUGUUCAUGAAACGUUUGCCUAUUUAUUACUGUACCCUUAGUAUAGCCUCUCCCUUCAGUUGAGUUGCUUCAACUUCGAUUGGCUAUUAAUAUAUCCUAUAGGAAACCUAUUCUAACAGACUGACAUUGUUGAAGUAUUAAACAGAAGGAGUAAUUUACUGCUUACACAAGAUGACGAGACACGGACGGCCGACCAUUUACUUAUUCCCGAAUAACAAUCGAAUCAUUAUGCCAAACUUUUUAUAGUCAAUCGUUCCACAUACCAAAACUUUAAACGACCCGAAACCCGUACUAAGCCUUGUCACCUCCCUUGUGCAAGACUGUAACAGACAGUUUAAACAUAACAGCAGACUUUGAAUCUAAUCCAAUAAACCGUAUAAAUGUUAUACACUAACUUCUACCACAGACUUAACCAAAAAAAAAAAAAAGGAAGCAUCAAAUUACUACUACUAAUCAACCGAUAGACUUUUGGAAUGCAUACAUAGUCACUUAGCUAGAACUGUUCCAUUUUUCGUACGUGUACUAACCGCGUAAGCCCUUUUAGUAUCGUUAUGCUCCCGAAAGCGCAUGUGCCAAAUUUUGUUCCGCUGCUUAGGGUUUCCGGCAGGCAAGUCAGAGUCAGACUCCACAUUCAGGGUUAGUUAGGCUAUCGCUUGCUGUUUCUUUAGUACCCGUCCCUCUUACCUUUUCUGAUAAUAACCUAAACAGAGAGUGUUGUUUAUUAAUACGCACACAUCAAAAUUGGGACAAAUAAUUAUACCACUAAACUUUAGCCUUUAUUACACACCCACGCUACAUUUUAGCAAAGCGUCAGCAAAACAAACAAAUAUUCUGAAAAAAUUCUGAUUAUCCAAAAUUGUCAUUUGCGAAAAUUGCGGACACAGCGAAGCAUUCGAAACCUGUAAUACCGGACUCGAGUUAAUAAUAAAAGUGAAAAUUCACAAUA